AAAGAGUUGUUCGCUGAAUUGUGCACUGAACUCGAACCCUUUUUGCCUCGAACUCGUAGGAAAACAAAAGUUACUGUAGAAUGUAAAGUGUUAACAGCACUCUCUUUCUAUGCAAGUGGCUCAUAUCAAAAACCUGUAGGUAUGAGCUAUUUGCAUGGACUUAGUCAGAGCAGCGUGUCUAAGGCAAUUACAGAUGUGACCAUGGCCUUAAAUCACCCCUCUAUAUUGAGAAAGCACAUCCAUUUUCCUCAAACCAGACAAGAAAGGCAAAGAAUAGUAAAUAGGUUUUCAAAUAAAUUUGGCUUUCCUGGUGUUUUGGGGUGUAUUGAUGGCACACAUGUUGCCUUGGUCAGACCAAGUGAACACGAAGAGAGAUUUUUUAAUAGGAAGCACUACCAUUCCAGGAAUGUUCAAAUUAUUUGUGAUAGUGAUCUGAAUAUAUUAAAUAUUGAUGCAACGUUUGGUGGUGCUACCCAUGAUGCAUAUAUAUGGAAAAAUUCAGAAAUACACAAUCAUUUGCAGCAGCUGAAUCAAAAUGGUGAAAGCAUUUGGUUUCUUGGUGACUCUGGAUAUCCAUUGAGAACUUGGCUUCUAACACCAAUCCUUAACACACAACCUGGCAGUGCAGAAGAGAACUACACGAAUAUGCAUUGCCGAACAAGAAACACAGUUGAAAGGUGUAUUGGGGUAUUGAAAGCCCGUUGGCGGUGUCUGUUGUCACAUAGAGUACUACAUUACAAUCACCAUGUUGUGGCUAAGAUUGUUAAUGCAUGUGCUGUAUUACACAACAUCACCAACAAGCACAGGCUUCCUGUACCUGAAUUACCUUCCAAUGAUAUUCAGAGGGAAGCAGACUUCCUGGUACCUCGGCAGCCGUACAUUGAGGAAGGUCAACAGCUUGAAGGUGGCAGGCAACAGAGACAACUUAUUGUGCAACGCUUAUGGAGGAAUAGAUAAUAAUUAUUUAGUUAUGUAUUUACAAUUUGUAUUCUAAUUCUG